CCUCCCUCCAUCCCUCCCUGUGCUGAGGCAGCCGCGCGGUGCCGUUGCAGAUGAGCAGGGUGCGGGCGGACGAGGAGGAGUACUGGCACAGCUCCAAGUUCCGGGCCUUCACCUUUGACGAUGAGGAUGACGAGCUCUCGCAGCUGAAGGAGUCCAAACGGGCAGUGAACAGCCUUCGGGAUAUUGUCGAUGAUGAUGAUGACGACCUCGAGAGGGUCAGCUGGAGUGGAGAACCUGUGGGAAGUAUCUCCUGGUCAAUCAAAGAGACAGCCUCUGGCAGCACUAGCUCCCUGGAUGGCCGAGACUCCAGCCUGCAGAAAGGCUCUUCCUCCUAUGCUGCUCUUCCCAAACAAGCUUCUUCCUACUCCCUAAGCAGCCUGUUCAAAGGACGAAACAAACUCUCAAGUUUCCAGUCCCUUUCAGAUGCCCUCACUGACACAGGAGUUAAAAACUAUGCCCCAGAGCUGCGCAGGCCGAAAGCUGAGUACAAGGAUUACAGUGGUGACUGGAGCCCCAAAGAUACAGUCAGGAGAAUGCAGAGGGGCAAGGUCUGCUCUCUAGAGAGAUUUCGCUCCCUGCAGGACAAGCUGGUGCUCUUGGAUGAAGCUGUGGCAGGGCAUGAUGGGAAUGUCAUUACAGCUGUCCUGAUAUUCCUGAAACGGACGCUGAGGAGAGAGAUCCUGUUUCGGGAGCUGGAGGUGCGGCAGGUGGCCUUGUGCCAUCUGAUCCAUUUCCUCAGAGAGACAGGGGAGCAGAAGUUCCUUCUGGAUCUGCUCAGGUUCUUAGACAGGACUGAGGAAGUUGCUCUGUCUCAGUACCGGGAGCAUUUGAACAUCCAGGAUGUAGAAAAAAGGAGGGAAUUUCUGAAAGGUUGCAUUGGGCUGCCAUUUUCAGCUGAGGAUACCUCCCACAUCCAAGACCAUUAUACCCUGUUGGAGCGACAGAUCAUCAUUGAGGCUAAUGAUCGGCACUUGGAGAUGGCUGGGCAGUCAGAGCUGUUUCGGAAAUAUCCUCGCAAGGCUUCGAUUCUCAACAUGCCACUAGUGACCACCCUCUUCUAUUCCUGUUUCUACCACUACACAGAAGCUGAGGGAAUGUUCAGCAGCCCCACCAACCUGAAGAAGACAUUUAAGAUUCCUGAUAAGCAGUAUGUGCUGACUGCCCUGGCAGCCCGUGCCAAGCUGCGGGCCUGGGGUGAUGUGGAUGCCCUCCUCACCACCAAGAACUGGCUGGGUUACACCAAGAAGAAGGCACCUAUUGGCUUCCACCGGGUGGUGGAGAUCUUGCAGAGGAACAAUGCUCCAGUGCAGGUGCUGCAGGAAUACGUGCGCCUGGUGGAAGAUGUAGAGACCCGGCUGAACCUCGCUACCAAAUACAAGUGCCAUGAUGUUGUCAUAGAGACCUACCGGGAUCUAAAGGAUCGUAUCCAGCUGACAGCAUAUAAAGGCAAGGUGGAGCGGGGCUCUGCAGAGGAAGAGAAGAUAAACAGCAUUCUCAGCAACACACAAAUCCGGUGGAAGAACUGAACACCUGUGGAACAGCCUGUUUGGCCAUCACCUUGUCACUGAAAGAGGGAACUGCAGAACCCAGUCCAGAGCCAAGAGAGCAGCUCUGUUACUACUCAUUGCAUGAUCAGCGUUCGUCGGUGACAGUGGGUGCCCGUGCCCAGUGGGACCGUGGCGCUCCGGGUGGUUGAAGACAGCUACUAAACUGUGGCUGGCAAAACCAUGGUAUAGAUCCAGCAGGGUUGAUUCUUUUUGGAAUCUGAUUGUAUUUGACCUGGCUGUAAGCCAGGCAUCACUUGUGUGUAUGGAAGGAAGUUGCUGGGACAGCAAUAUGAAUGUUUGCUCUGGGUGGUGCCUGGCUUGUUCUUGCAAGAGGAGCAUGUCAGUCACAUUUGUGACUCUCUCCAACAGAGAGUGCUGAUCAGUCCCUGUAACAGUCAAGCUGGCUUGGGCAUCACUAAUCAUGGCUGUGUCUGGAGUAAAACCUACCCUGGACCAUGUUCUCCCUAUGUGAAAGUGCUGGGAGGCAAUGGACCACUUGCAUUUUUUUUUUCUUUUUUUAAUUCUGGCUCACUCUAGGAAAAGAAGUGUGUGAACUCAUGCAGAGAGCCAGGACAGCAACCUCUGCCAGUAUCCUUCUGCUAGCACUCUGCAGCAUUUGGAAGAUCCCUUUAUCAGGGAGAUACCUAGUGUAGAGGUGGUCAGAGUCCGUAUGGGUUGGAUGGAGAGCAAGUAGGAAGCUCUCUCAGUUGACACAAACCUGCUGCCCCAGCAGCUCUUUUCUCAGAAAGUGUUAUGCCAGGAAGGAUUGAAAUGCACUUUCUCAGAAACACAACUCCUCAGGCAGCUGCUGGCUUCAUCCUUUCAGACCUCACUUCAAUUCUGUAAAUAAAGUUGUCUCUUUCUCCUUG